AUGUUGGACAUCAAUCUGUUUAGAGAAGAGAAGGGCAACAACCCCGAAAUCAUCCGCGAAUCUCAACGCCGUCGUUUCAAGGGCGUCGAGAUCGUCGACGAGGUCAUCCAGCUUGACAAAGAAUGGCGUCAGCGUCAAUUCGAGCUCGAGAAUCUUCGGAAAGAGUUCAACAAGAUCAACAAGCGAGUUGCUCAACUAAGGAUUGCUGGCGAGGAUGCAACUGACGUGAUUAAGGACACAGAGGAAAAUAAGAGGUUGGCGGCAGAGAAAGAAGUAGAAGUUAGAGAAGCUUUAACACAGUUGAAUUCAAAAUUGGAAGUCAUUGGAAACCUUGUGCAUGAUUCGGUUCCCAUCAGUAAUGAUGAGGAAAAUAAUGCUGUGAUUAGAUCAUGGGGUGAGAAGCGAAUGGAGCCAAAACUAAAAAAUCAUGUUGAGCUUGUUGAGCUUCUUGGGAUCGCAGACUUGAAAAAAGGUGCUGAAGUGGCCGGGGGUAGAGGUUUUUACCUGAAAGGUGCUGGUGUACGCCUUAAUCAAGCUCUGAUAAACUUUGGUCUUGAUUUUCUUGAGAAAAGGGGAUAUACAGAAUUGCAGACUCCAUUUUUUAUGAGAAAAGAUAUCAUGGCAAAGUGUGCUCAAUUAGCACAAUUUGAUGAGGAACUUUACAAGGUAACCGGUGAAGGUGAUGACAAAUAUCUGAUUGCUACAGCUGAACAGCCACUUUGUUCAUAUCAUAUAGAUGAUUGGAUCCAUCCAUCGCAGCUACCCUUAAGAUAUGCUGGAUACUCGUCUUGUUUCCGUAAAGAAGCUGGUUCACACGGUCGAGAUACCUUGGGAAUUUUUAGAGUUCAUCAGUUUGAGAAAGUUGAACAGUUUUGUAUUACAAGCCCAGAUGGAAGUGAUUCUUGGGAAAUGCAUGAGGAAAUGAUCAAAAACUCCGAGGAUUUUUAUAAAUCGUUAAACCUCCCCUAUCAUGUAGUCGCAAUCGUUUCUGGUGCUUUGAAUGAUGCCGCAGCAAAGAAGUAUGAUCUGGAAGCAUGGUUCCCUGCAUCUCAGACAUACAGGGAGUUGGUCUCUUGUUCAAACUGUACAGACUACCAGUCAAGAAAACUAGAAACUCGAUAUGGACAGAAAAAGAGCAAUGAGCAGACAAAGAAAUAUGUUCAUUUAUUGAACUCCACUCUUACUGCGACUGAGAGAACCUUGUGUUGCAUUCUUGAGAACUACCAGAGGGAAGAUGGUGUGGACAUACCAGAAGUUUUACAACCUUUCAUGGGCGGAAAGACCUUCCUACCUUUCAAGAACAAACCAGCCCCGGAAGUCAAAGGGAAGAAAUCAAAGGCCUAA